GGAACAGAAUUACAAGGGUGUGCAGUGCGAAGUGGUACUUCUGCAGUGUUUUCUAAACAUUAUUUAGCCAAAGUAGAAAGAUGAUUGUGUGUUUGGGACUUUUGUUUUGUUAGCCAACGCAAUGAAUACAGUUCGUUUUUAUCAGCAUUAUCGUUGCCUGAUUAACAAGAAACAUGUAGUUUCUCUUUUGCGCUAUACCAUUUUGCCGAAUACAGGAGCGACUUUAAAGUAUUGGGGCUAUUUGCUAGAAAGUCCAAUUUGUAUGUUAGUUACGUAUCUUUCAACAUCUUGUUCUGGAUUUUGUGGAAAACAGAAUUCAUGGAAGACACCUGUAGGACAUGACACAGGGAUAAAAGUAUACAACAGUUUAACAAGAAGAAAAGAGCCUUUGCUUCUAAGAAGUAGUGGAACUGCAACCUGGAAAAGAGUCUUCUUGUGUACCAAUCCAUCUUGUCCAAGGUUGUCAGAAGCUAAUCUGAACCGGUCAGCACUUUGUUUUCCCUCAAUAUUCCAAUUAAGGUAUAGCUGUGGCCCAACUGUUUAUGACCAUGCACAUCUUGGACAUGCCUGUUCCUAUGUUAGAUUUGAUAUCAUACGAAGGAUUUUAUCUAAUGCCUUUGGAACUGACGUAAUUAUGGCAAUGGUGAUCACUGACAUAGAUGACAAAAUUAUACGAAGAUCUCAAGAGCUAAACAUGUCAUCCAAAGUUCUUGCUCAGAUUUAUGAGGAAGAUUUUAAGCAGGAUAUGAGAGCAUUAAAGGUUCUUCCUCCUACAGUUUACCUGAGAGUGACUGAUAAUGUUCCCCAUGUCAUUAAUUUCAUACAAGGGAUUAUCAACAAUGGACAUGCAUAUGCCACUGCCAAAGGCAACGUCUACUUUGAUAUCAAGUCAAUUGGAACUCGCUAUGGGAAGCUUGUCCCAGUUGGUUCAGCAACAGAUGGUGAACAAGGACAUGAUGACAAGCGAGAUACCCAGGAUUUUUCCCUGUGGAAGACAUCCAAGCCUCAAGAACCUUUUUGGGAUUCUCCUUGGGGAAAAGGAAGACCUGGAUGGCACAUUGAAUGUUCUACGGUAGCAAGCUUAGUGUUUGGAAAACACCUGGAUAUCCAUACAGGUGGAAUAGAUCUAGCCUUUCCACACCAUGAAAAUGAGAUUGCCCAGAGCGAAGCAUAUCACCAGUGUGAACAGUGGGGUAAUUACUUUCUCCAUUCAGGACAUUUACAUUUAAAAGGACAAGAAGAAAAGAUGUCAAAAUCUUUGAAAAAUUACAUCACAAUCAAGGACUUCCUUCACCGAUGGUCAGCUAAUCAUUUCAGAAUGUUUUGUCUCCUAUCAAAGUACAGAUCAUCAAUCGAGUACAGUGAAACCAGCAUGGAUGAAGCCAAAGGUCUGCUUCAUGGAAUUACAUCAUUUAUCAGUGAAGCCUCUGCAUAUAUGAGAGGACAGCUCACCUGCAACCCUGUUGAUGAAAAUCUUCUUUGGGAAAGGCUAGACAACACAAAAGAAAAUGUAAAAGCUGCAUUUGCGGAUGAUUUUGAUACUUUAAAGGCCGUUGAUGCAGUUAUGGAUCUAAUUCAUCAUGGCAACAGACAACUCAAGACUGUCACUAAGGAAUCUAGUUUACCCAGAAGUCCUGUUGUUUAUGGUGCCAUAGUCUCAUACGUACAGAACUUUUUGGAUACUGUUGGCAUUUCUCUCACUGAAGCACAGCUCCCUGCAGAAAGAGAAGCUUCAGCUACUCUUCCAAGUGUCGUUCAACAGCUGGUCGACUUUCGCAGUAAAGUCCGCACCUUUGCUCUUGCUGUGGAUGACCCUAUUCAACCUGUUGGUUUGGAUGUUACACCUUCAAAAGAAGUCAAGAAGCAACUAAAAGAAAAACGAAAGUUACUGCAGCAAGAAAGAGAGCCUCUUGUGAUAGCCUGUGACGUGUUACGUCAGGAUCUUGCUGCUCUUGGAAUCAAUGUAAAGGAUAGAGGCAAUGUUUCUACAUGGGAGUUAACCAGUCACAAAGUGUCACCUCAGACAAAUGAAGAGGACAAAACUUGACAAAUUGAAUAAGAGGUCAAGAAAAUGUUAUUACAAUAUAACUGCUGAUUAUCAGAGAAUCCCAACUUCUGGCAGUAUGAAUACCUAUACAGAUUUUCUGUGUGAAGAGACGGUCUAUUGUUUGUCCAUAUUGUUGGCACAUGUGAAUAUACAAAAAUUGAGAGGAAAUAAAGCCCAUCUUCUGUUACUGCAUUCUUUCUGUUUUUCUAAAAUUAAUGAAUGCCACUAGCUUUAUCUGAUUGUGUGCUAAGUAGCAUUGAAAUGCAUAUGAACUGAUAUGAGAUAUUUGUAUUAGGGGUAAUGUAGGGGUUGAGUUGACACAUUAACACAUCAGCUUGCAUGUUGACUCCUGUAAUAUUCUUCUCUGCAAGAAACAUUUUGGUGGCAGGAGUUUAUUUUUGCCUAAAGUCUAAAGGUGUUGUGGUACCAUUCUAGUCAGUAAUUCGGGAAAAUGCUAAAAGUGAUUUGGGGAUUAAGGCCCAAAAUCAGGGACAAUUUUAAAAUACCACUCUGCUUCACUUAAAGGUUAAUAGAACAAAAGAUUUUGCCUCAACGUUCAUUUUGUGAAGAAUAAGAAUAAUAAAACUGUAAUGUCUGGCAUUGUUGACUAUAAUGCUCCACUGUUUACCAGACAAUCAAAAAUUUUACAAGGAAUGUGGUAAAAGUAUUAGGCAAAAUCAGGUAGAGUUGAGAGGUGUGUGUGGUAGUGUGCGGCCUGGCAGGUUCUAAUGGUUUUAGGGAACACUGGUGUUUGUCAGAAGUGUGACUUUUUACGUUAUUAUGACAGUUGUGGAGACAACUGUACUUAGUGUAAGGUUAAUUGGCAGCACAGCAUCAGUAAUGAGGGAAGAAAUUCAGACCCUCCUCCAACCAAACCACGUAUGUCUGGAUCUGCCCUCUUACUACUUUACAAGUUUGCCUUAUGCUUAGGGUUGCCACCUUUUCAAAUGCCCAAAGUGGGACAUUUUUUGUAGAAACAUCAGAUUUUGCAGGGCAAAACAUACUCAUGGCCAUUACAAAGGACACUUCACUUUUUUGCCUAAAUAAAAGCUUAUUCUUGAAGCAUUUUAGUUGCUUAUUCUGUUUCUUAUAACAUUUAGAUGCUUCAGAUACAAAUAACUGUCUUAUGCAACUAUUAAAAAAAAUAUAGGAACAUUUUUGUCCUAAAAUCUCAGGACAUUUGCCAUUUUUUCAAUUUUUUUGCAGGACACAACUGCCCAAAGAGGGACUCUCUCUCGCAAAGUGGGACAGGUGGUAACCCUACUUAUGCUGACAUUUUUGUUGUCGGCUUUAAAGAAUGUUGGUCAUGUUUUGAAACAAGUGCAAGUAACAAUCAUUGGAGUAGGAAAUAGACUCCCUAUUGUAUACAUUACAAAAUUAUACAGUUAUUGCAAAAACAUAUUUUUGCAUUUUAUUCUGUUGUAAAGGAUGGUUCCCUGUCAUUUUUUCUUGGAGGUGAAAUUAUAGUAUACAUUUUUUUUUUUUUGCAAAAAGUGUGUUAUUUUUGCAUUUUAUUUUGCUGAUGAUGAUGUUCCAUGACAUCUUUGUUGUAGCUGAAGACUCUUGCGGUGACAUCACGAAAGACUGAACCCAUAAUCCCACAAUCCCUCACUACCUAAAUUAAUGUAUACACUACUGGAUUUCUAUGCUAAAUGAGUCAAACAGGAGCUUCUUAAUUCCUAGAAAGAGACAAACUGUCAAAUAAGCCUUACAGGUGGAACACCUGACAUUGAAAAUCCACUCUUGGGGAUGGAGUACAGAAAAUGCAAUGUAAUGAAGAAGCUGCUCUUCUAAACUAAUAUAUUGUUUUUGCUUACUCAGAAAGCUUUGCAAGUGUAUAUAAACCAUUGUCCAGUAUCUACUGUGACAAGUCUCUGGGUGUGGUUAUAUUGAGAGAACAGAAAACUUGAAUAAACCAUGAAUGAAACUAAAAAAUAACACAAGAAAAAGAAUGCAGCACAGUAUAAUAGAACUUUAAAAUCAGAAAUACAACUGGAAAUUAAUUUUAUUUGUAAAACAAAGAUGCGUCAGAACCUCAGAAACACUCUGCACCUGCCAAUAUUAUAACAGGGUCUUGGAGUUAGUUAAUAUGCACUGUUUUAAGCACAUUCGUUAGGCAUAAAAUAUCCUUACUGACAUGUUGUGAAAAAUAUAUUAUUAUGCAAAGACUAUUAGUCAAGCAACAGUAGAGGGAAAACUGAUCUCGGGAAUGUAAGAAUCACUACUUUUGUGCCAUAAAAUUGUGUUUGUAGAUACUAAGAUUGGCAUGGGGGGGUGAUUAUGAUACCGGGGCAGAGAAUUUAAGAUGAUUUUUUUAUGAAUUCAUGGCAAAGUAUCUGCUGUGUAUAUUGUCCAACACUGUAGGUUCACUGCGGGGAUGAUAUGGAAUGAUGGAAUCCCUUUAUUUAAGUAAGAGUAUAAUUUACCCAAGAAACGGUUACCCUUAUAUUCCAGGUAAUCAGAUUUUCCUUUUUAUUGUUUACAGUUUGCUUUGUAACUCUAAGGAAAAUGUAAAGCUAGUACAACUACGUAGAGACUACUGUGAUUUCCAAUUUGUCUGAGUUUCUGUGUAUACUUUUGUUUCCAUGCAGCUGUGACUGAUAACCUUAAUGCUUUAUCAGAACAUGAUUAUGAGGUCAUAUGGUGUCGUCUUCUAGGAUGUUUGGUUAAAUACAGGGGAAUGUGGUGAUGAUGCUGUGAAAACAAGGCUCUGUCUGAAAGUAACAAAAUGCUUCAAUUUGUACUUUAAAAAAUACUCCAUAUUAAAUAAAGCAGAAUAUUUGUGGUAAUUUGGUUCUAUUAUCUGGAAUGCAUGCAGAGGAAAGAUGCAACUCUGUUGCUUAGGUGAGCAAAAUUAUGAGUUCCUUUAUAAUGUUUAUAAUACAAAACUAAGUGCAGUAAAAGACUAUUGUUAGCCUAGCCAAUAACCUGAAGUCAGAAUCAAGCCCUGUACCUUGUGUCUAUGAGGUAAAGACCUUAAUCAUUAUGCCAAACCCACCCCAUGUAGAACAUAUCUUCACUAAACAGUCCAUGUGAUCUUCUUGCUAACAUGAUAAAGUCACAAGUGAUUAGAGUAUGUGUAACAGACCACAAAUGAAAAAUCCAUUUUUACCUACUUCAUAGAUGUUUUAUACAGAAGAUUGUAAUGCUGGUAAUAAAGACUACAUAAUAAUG